UAAAUAAGCUUUCAUAAAAUAUAGCUUGGACCGUUUUAGUUAAGGACCCCAUAUCAUAUGGGUCACCCCUCCAUAACCAUAAGAACAACCAACAAUUCAAAUACCUGCCUUUCUAUCACAAAAAUAUCCUUCCUUUUUGUAGUAUAGUCUUGGAUUUUUUCUUCCCCUUGUUUUCUGAAUGUUUAUGCAUAAUAAUCAUGUCAGAUGCAUACUUGGUGUCAAUAAUCUUGGUUAGCAGCUUAUCAUUGACUUGGUUUGCUGCUUUUGGGUCUGUCACAACCCCUCCAAGGCCGAAAAUCAACCGGUAUUUUCGGUUUGAUGGGAAAACAGACAGUUGGGUGCCUGUGGAACUGCCUUAUGAUCUGGUUACUUGUAUCAAUGGUAAUUGUACCGUUGUAGGUUCUAUCCGCCAAGCACCAGAGAAAGGUGAGAGUCAACCGAGGAAUGGUGAUAAUACAGGAAGGAAAGCAAAUAAGGAAAUUUACAAAAGACUUUUACCUUUGAGGAAUCGCGUUUCUUUGACAAAAAUGUCUGAUGCAUCAGUCUGGAUCACCGGUGAGAGUGGGUCAAUCUAUGAGAGAUUCUGGAAUGGUGUACAAUGGGUGAUUGCUCCCCACGAUUUGCCUGCAUCUGCAGAGCCAGCAACAUCUGUGUUCUUUGUCAAUCAGACUAUUCUUGCUCUUUCUGAAGCAGGGUAUCUAUAUCAGAUGCAACUGGUUGAAAAUUUGCAACUGGUUUGGAUAAAGCUUGAAGCUUCAGCUGAUCACAAUACAAGAGGAGAAAUAGAGCAAAGUUUGAUAAAGUCUGGAGUUGUUACUAAAGAUGGGGAGAGAAUUUACUUCUGCACAAAAAAUGGAUCACUGUUAGAACUUGCAGAGGUUGAACCUCUGAGGUGGGUUAAUUAUGGGCAGCCACCAGGAGCAGAUGUUGCAGCAAUAGCCGAUGUUGGUACAAUCAGAUCAAACCUUAUAUUCACAAUCAGUUCGGCAGGAGACCUUUACGAGCAUGAUAAAAAUACAAAACCACCAUGGAAGAAGCACGUAUGGAAAGAAGGGUCAGCAGAAGAUACUUCCUUGCUACCAUCAAGAGGUUGCAGUGCUCAAGGACUAGGAGGAGCGUCUUCAAUAUCACUGUUUCUGCUGAACAAGGCGGGUAAGCUGGUUGAGAGGCGACUGAACCAGAGAAAAUGGAAAUGGAUAGUACAUGGGAGUCCAGAAGAUCAACUCCUAACAUCAAUCACACCAGUUCCAGAAGAUGAAUCCAGUGAGAAGUAUUCAGUGCUCCUGACAACUGCAUCAGGCUCAAUACUGGAAUAUCAAGCAGGAAAACAAACACGAGUGGCUCAAGAGUACCAACUAGAAGAGCCAUGGGUAAAUCAUAUGCAUCCCCCACAUGCAAAGGUAGCAAGAGGUGUAGAAGGGAUACCAUAUCAACUUGGUAGGAUCCUUUUCCCACUAGAUGACGGCAGGAUUGCAGAACUACAUCUAUCAGGUUUAGGCGGUGAAUAUUCAGGACCAAAUCCUCAAAUCAGUACCCGUAAAAGAUUGUCAUUGAAGUAUGUUUGGUCAAUAUUAGAUGCCCCUGAGACUGAAGGAUGGAAUGCAGAGUAUUGUACUGAGGACCGUGGACCCUCCAAUUGCAUAAUGGGUGUAAAGGAUGAAACAAAUGAUUUCACAAACACAAGAAGUAUGACAAGAAGGCGAAAGGGAAUGCAACAGAACUACUUAAUCCCCGAUAUGUCAGGCAUCAAACUAGAAAAACCAUUGGAAGAGCAUAAAUUGGAAGAGAAUUGGGUGAAUGUAAACUUUGGCAUGAGAGUGAUACAAGGAGGUAGAUCAUUUUUCCUGGUGUCAAGUAGUGGCCUGACUUUUGAGUAUCUUUACAAUGACAACAUAGGACUAUGGCUGAAGCAUGACCACCCAACAGCCAUGCAGGGUGCAGUUGGGAGCUAUAAUGGGAGUCUGUUCUUAGUUGACAUCCACGGUACUUUGCUAAUCAGAGAGAGAAGCAACAACGAGUUGCAGUGGAUAAAUUGUACUGCCAUGAAGAAAGGGAAAGAGAUAAUUGGUGGCCCUCCAUGGGACAGGAUCCACGGUACAGGAAAGAAAGUUACGGCAAAUGAUGCAAUUUAUUUUGUAAGCAAGAAGGGAACACUACUGCAGUUCACUGUUGCUCUCAGGAGUUUUAAAUGGAAAGACUGCAAAAGCCCUGCAGAUACAGAGAUUGCAACAAUAGUAGACCAAGAAGUGUGCAGGGACAAGGUAAUUUUUGUCAUCGGAAGGAAUGGAAGAUUGUAUCAAUAUAAUAGAUUGUCUGGAUUAUGGCAUGAACAUUAUCAAUCUCAGCACCUAGUUCUCUCAAGAUUGCCCGGGACAGCUAUGAGGCCAUCAACACUAUCUUUGGAGGGCUCUCUUUUCAUGAUUUCAGGAGAUGGUGGACUAGUAGAAUAUCAAUGGAACUCACUUGAUGGAUGGGUAUGGGUUGAACAUGGCACCCCAAAUGGGGUGAGAAUAGCUGGAGCGCCUGGGCCAGGCUUUGAGGGUCAUCAGUUGUUCUUAGUUGGCUCAGACGGGAAAGUUUACCUAAGGCACUUCAACCAAGGAGAAUGGAAGUGGAGAAACUGUGGAUUUCCAGAUUCAGAAAAUACACCAGUUGAACAAGAAAGAGAGGAAAAGCUGAAGCAUUGGAAAGAAAAAGGCAUUUGUUUCGAUACUGCUAGUGUGGACAGUGCAGAAGAGCCCAAACUAAGAAAGACAAACCAAAACUGUGAUCCUAAGGUGGCAUCAACAAGGCCAAUUCGUUCAGCAGAAAAUAAAGUAAUAUUUGAGCUAAGAGAUGGCAGAUUGGCAGAGAUGCAUCAAGUGAAGGCAUCCGAUUGGAUAUGGUCAAAAAUAAUUGCAACUCCCACAAGCCUAUGUACGGAAAAUUUCUGGGCUGCUGCUGCAUCAUGAAGCUGGAAGAUACAGAUAGAAAAAGCACCUUAAAGAUUGUAGCAAGCAUACAAUGCAGAAGCACAGAAGCUAGGAGAUACUGAAAUAUACCAUAGUAACCAUACUGUACAUAGUAAAGCAAUGACACCAAACUUUUUACCCUCAAUCUAGCGCAGCAGGACAAGAUGCAGCUUAGAAGCCUGAUGCCUUAAGCUACAAGAGCCUUGCCUGUAAAAUUGUCUUCAAUAUUCACUGUACAGUUUCAUACAAAGUUAGACACUUCAUUUUCUUUCUUUCU